AUGUCCCUGUUCGUUGAUAUCGUCGCCCCCAACGGGCGCAGCUAUAAGCAACCCACUGGCCUGUUCAUCAACAACGAAUUUGUGUCUGCGACGGGAGGGGAGACUAUCACUUCAUUGGACCCCGCAACCGACAAGCCAAUUGCGACCGUGCAUGCUGCCAGUUCCGAAGAUGUCGACCGCGCCGUGAAGGCUGCCAAAGCUGCUCUGGUGCAUUCGUCAUGGAAACUGCUGCCCGCCACGGAGCGAGGCCAACUCAUGAUGCGAUUGGCCGAUCUCAUGGAGGAAAACCGAGAACUCUUUGCUACUAUUGACGCAUGGGACAAUGGAAAGCCCUACCAUGUUGCCCUUGAGGAAGACCUUACGGAAGCAAUCACUACAAUCCGUUACUAUAGCGGCUGGGCCGACAAGACCUUUGGCCAGACUAUCAACACCACCCCUCGAAAGUUUGCUUACACCAUUCGCCAGCCUAUUGGCGUUGUGGCCCAGAUCAUCCCUUGGAAUUAUCCUCUUUCGAUGGCCACUUGGAAGCUCGGCCCUGCGCUUGCUUGCGGCAACACCGUUGUCUUGAAGCCCGCAGAGCAGACCCCUCUGAGUGCUCUCAUUCUUGCCCAGCUGAUCAAAGAAGCUGGAUUCCCACCCGGUGUUGUCAAUAUCGUCAAUGGAUAUGGACGAGAGGCUGGCGCAGCACUAGCGUCGCAUCCGCUAGUCGACAAGGUUGCGUUUACCGGUUCAACGGCCACAGCCAGGGUAAUUAUGAAGACAGCCGCUCAAUCGCUCAAAAACAUAACUCUUGAGACCGGUGGUAAAUCCCCACUUCUGGUUUUCCCAGACGCAGACAUGGAGCAAGCCGUGAAAUGGUCGCACUUUGGUAUCAUGUCCAACAAAGGCGAGAUCUGCACUGCUACCUCUAGGAUCUUUGUUCACCGAGAUAUCCUCGACGACUUCACUGCCGGCUUCAAGAAGGCAGUCGAGAGUGUUAAGAUCGGCGACCAGUGGGAUGAAUCUGUCUUUCAAGGUCCGCAGGUCACACGAGCUCAAUACGAUCGCAUCCUCUCUUACUUCGAGAUCGCCAAGACGAAAAACCAACACGGAUAUUUCAUCCAGCCUACUGUGAUCAUCAAUGCAACAGACUCGAUGCGCAUUGUCCAGGAGGAAGUUUUCGGUCCGGUAGUCGUACUUUCCCCAUUUGACAGCGAGGAAGAAGCUAUUCGCCGCGCCAAUGACACUACCUACGGCCUCGGUGCAGCAGUUUUCACUCGUGACCUUGAGCGUGCGCACCGCGUGGCUGCAGAAAUCGAGUCCGGUAUGGUGUGGGUUAACAGCAGCCAAGACUGCGAUCCUCGCAUUCCUUUUGGUGGCGUGAAACAGAGUGGUAUUGGGCGCGAGCUGGGAGAAGCUGGUCUUGAGGCUUACAGCCAGGUCAAGGCUGUCCAUAUUAACAUGGGUACUAAACUUUAG